AUGACUACUCCCACUCCUGCCCCCCACAUAGACCGUGAGCUAGAUUUGUCAAAUACAGGCCGAGGAGUUUGGCUCGUUAAAGUUCCAAAAUAUAUUGCUAAUAAAUGGGAAAAAGCACCUGGAAAUAUCGAAGUGGGCAAGUUGAAGAUCUCACGAGCACCGGGACAGAGGGCUCAGGUGCAACUAUCGUUGUCUGAAGGUGUACUUUGCCUGAAGGAACCUGGAGAACAAAACAUACCUAAGGAACACCGUCUUGACGUGUCUAAUGUUACAAGACAGUCUCUAGGAGUAUUUUCUCAUGCCACCCCCUCAAACACAGAUGCUGUUAUACCAGAGUCAGAAAAACUUUAUAUGGAAGGUAGAAUCGUGCAGAAACUUGAAUGUAGGCCAUAUGCUGACAACACAUAUUACAAGUUGAAGUCUGAGUCUAUAAGAAAGGCAUCAAUGCCACAGCGACAAGUACAACAGCUGGACAGGAUAGUACAGAACUUCAAGCCAGUUUCAGACCACAAGCAUAAUAUUGAUUACAUAAAGAAGAAGUCUGCUGAAGGAAAGAAAGCCCGGGAUGACAAGGAUGCAGUUCUCAACAUGCUGUUUGCAGCAUUUGAAAAACAUCAGUAUUACAACAUUAAGGACUUGCAAAAGAUCACAAGGCAACCUAUUGUAUAUCUGAAAGAGAUAUUGAAGGAAGUAUGUAAUUACAACUUGAAAAAUCCUCACAAGAACAUGUGGGAAUUGAAGCCUGAAUACCGCCAUUACAAGUCGGAGCAGGCCGCGGAAACGAAAGAGGAAAAGAAUAGCUCUGACAGUGAUUAG